AUGGAAUAUGAAUCACUAAUUGAAAGUGCCCCAUCAGGUGGUGAAGAUGAAAGUACAGUGCCUAAUGAAUCACUCAUUGAAAGUGCCCAAACUGAUGAACAACAAGAGGAAGAAUUUAUUGAGGUCUCUGAAACCCUCAACGAAUCAGAGGAUAAGGAAUACAACGACGAUCAACAAUCUAACGAAUCUACAAAUGAGAAUACAAACGAGGAGGUAACCGGUGAGGAUAGAAUACCUGAAGAGGAGGAAGUUACUCAAGAAGAAUUACUCACGAAAGAUGAACAACCUCAAGAAGAUGUGGAGCAACAAGAGGAAAUUCAAGUUGCCAAAGAUGAAGAAAAUUCCGAAGAACAAAUGAUAGAGGAAGAACCUGCUGACGAAGAGAAAGCAAACGCAUUUGAAACCUCAUCACCAAAUGGUCAACAAUCAAAUGGAGAAGAAGAAAGUCCAUCCCCAAAAUCAGAACCAGAAGAAACACAACAAGAACUGAGACCAAUCCAAUCUGAAGCACCAACCCUUACAUCUCCAUCAUCAUUCAAAAAAAAGACAGCUUUAAAAACAACUAGCCAAUCACUCCUAACUCUUCCCAAAUGGAGACAGGAUCUCUUACAGAAAAAUAAGGAUGAGAUUGAAUUCAGAAAUAGUUUAAAGAACAAGUACAAAACUGACGUUCAUGGUUCUGUUGAUGGAAGGCUGAAGAAAGUGGAUGAAAUUAAAAGCAUGAAAGAUUCUCUCUCAAAAACUUAUACUGCAUUAAAGAAACCAGCCUAUGAGCCAGAAGGAAAGUAUGUGCCACCCCCAAAAUUUCAAAAGAAAAUUGAAGAGGAUAAAUUAGUUUUUAAAAAGAGAUUUGAAUAUAACUCAACUGUGGUAAAGCCAAUCCUUAGUGAAGUCUCUAAGACUUCCCAAAAAGUGCAGAAAGAAAGAGAAUUGGAAAAGCAACGAAAGUUAGAAGAAGAAAAAAAGAAAGCUUCUGUGGAAGAGGAGAAGCGUAGAAAGGAAGUCGAAGAAAAAAGAAAGCUCUUCAAAAAGCUAAGUGAGAAGAGGCCUCAAAUUAGUGGCGAAGAUUUGCAUAAGCAAAGGGUUGAAAAGGCUAGGGAAGAAAAGUUAAAGCUUAAAAAGAAGGUUGACAUUCUUUAUCCUGUUUACAAUCCUAAAGUCUCCACUCCAAGGGAUAGACCACAAUCUGCCCAAGUUGUCGAGCAGACGAAGGAAAAGAAACCAGUCACUGCUGUCCGGCCACAAACUUCCCAAGCAAGAAACCAUAUUUCAAGGACUCAAGACAGGCCAAAACCUGUUACCAAACCAAUUGAGGAAAAGAAAGUUCACAAACCUUCAAGCACUACAAACACAGUCAAAGAAAAGCCAACCUU